GAGUGAUGGCGAUGUGUGGAAAUAGAAGUCUGCACACUGAGUAGAAUAUGACAGACUUUGAGAGACAGACAUAAGCUUCUUUGAUAUACAAUAUGUAAAUAUUGGAAAUAUCGAUCGCAUUCCUUGACAGCUGCUCAGAAAUGGUUGCCCUCUCCCUUCGCCAGCAUCAGUUCCUGAUCUUUGGAUUUAGCUGGGUGGCAUAUGCAGGCACUUACUUUCUCAGGAAGCCACUUGGAGUGAUAAAAGCAGACUUAGAGACAGAUCUGAAUUUUACCAAGACUCAGUUAGGAUGGUUGGACACAUCCCUUCUGUUGCCUUAUGCAUUGAUGCAGAUGUUCAUGGGUCCAGUUGGGGAUAAAUUUGGUCCAAGAAAAACGUUUGGAGUCUCCCUCAUAUUGUCAGGACUGUCUAUGACAUCCUUUGGUCUUUGGAACAGUUGCUAUAUCUUUGCAGCUCUUCUCUUUCUUAAUGGUGCAGCCCAGUCUCAGUGCUGGCCAAGCAGUGGGAAAGCCGUUUCUGCAUGGUUCUCAGACAGCAGCAGGAACACAGUGUUUGGUGCCUACGGGACUUCUGCAUUUGCAGGAGGGAUUAUAGGCACAACACUCGCAGUGUACUUACAGACAACAUAUGGGUGGAGAAGCGUUUACCUGCCUCCCAGUGUAUUUUUGGUAAUUAUAGGUGUGCUUGUACUGUUCCUGUACAGACAGCCUGGCGAGUUAGGUGUGAUUGUUCCUGGGAAAGAGCCUUCUGCAAAAAGCAGUGCUUCAGAGAAUCAAUUGAAUAGCUGGUUUGAAAUUUGGAAAAUUCCUUGUGUGCCUGAGAUAGCUUUGGCCAUGUUAUGUCUGAAGAUUGUGAGAUAUUGCAUGUACAUGUGGCUCCCUAUGUAUCUACAAAAUCAUUUGAAAUACUCAAAAGGUAUGGCAGGUAUGUUUUCCACGAUGUUUGAAAUUGGAGCCGUAUUUGGUAGUGCAGGAAGUGGUUGGGUUAUUGACAGGUGUUUUCAGAGCCGUUCAGUGUUUGGAACCCUGGUGUCCAUGUUGCUGAGCACCUUAGCUUUGGUUCUGUUCUAUCUUAGUUCUGAGUGGGGAAUUGUCUUCAACUCCAUAUUUCUCAUCCUGGCUGGUCUGUUUAAUGCAGGACCAGAUGUCAUUUUAGGUGGAUCAUUGCCAGCAGAGUUAGGAGAAUUAAAUGGCCGGAAAGCCGCGGCUGCAGUUGUGGGAUUGGUCAAUGGUUUUGGCAGUAUUGGCACGUUCAUGGAAGGACCAGUGGUAGGCUUGGUAACGAGUGUUUGGGGGUGGUCUUUUAUGUUCCAUUUGUUAGUAAUGCUGUCAUUGCUUGGAACAGCAUCCGUGUACAAGGCUGCUCUAAAUUACUCUAAGCAACAGCAACUGCAGCACUCAAAAAAUGAGCCACUGAUUGCUUUGUAGAGAAUUCUAUCUAUUAAUUUGUGUCAAAAUGAGUUGUUAAUGUAAAUGUUCAGGUUUUUAUGUCAGAAAGUAAAGUAUGUAAGAUAAUCUCAAGUGUCUCAUAGACACAAAGCACAGUAUAAAUCAUUGUGUUCCAAUGACCAUGUCUUUUGUAUGUGGUAAUGAUUACCAUAAAUUACAAAAUUCUUGACUCAAUAUCUUUUGUGUAUUAGAAUGUUGGUAAGAGGGGUAUCUCAAAAAGAACAGCCUCUCCGACUGUAUGUGAGAAGGUUUGUCAGCAACCUCAAAUAAAUAAGUAAAUCAAAAAGUACAGGAUGUAUUGAAUUGACGUUUUCCUACAAGCGACCGCUGUGACAGAUUUCUCACCGAAUCUAUUUUUAUAAUACAGGUAUUUGUAUCAUGUGUUGCAAUAUAAAUGGCUAUUGUGUUCUUAUGUCAAAUUAUAGUUUUAGUGCAUGCUAACUUAUUCAAUAUAUGUGAUCUACUUUUUAUCAGAGGGUUUCUUAAGCAUUGUUAUUAUAAAUGUAAGCCCUUUGCUGAUCUUGAGCAGCUGUAAAUCUUAUGAAUAUUCAAACCCAACAAUUAACAAAAUCAAAGUAUUUGUCCACACAAAUUUUUUUUCUAUCUUUACAGAUUUUACUCACAUAUGAAAACAGUUGACACCUAACCAGUGAGAUUGCAGCCUCAUUCUGUGAAAACUUUGUUUCUGGCUUAUAUAU